AUGACGCAUGCCCGGAAGAAGCAGCUUUUCCUUCUGAAGCACCCGGCCGGUUCUGCUGGCCGAGCUUCCUCACCAGCAGGCAGCAGGAGGAUGGACAGGAGCGAGGCGGAGCGUGGCAAGCAGAGAGAUGGAGAUGGCCCCGGGGCUCCCAAGUGUCCCAGCGGGUUUGUGGGGACAAACAAAAGCAAGGCUUUGCACGAGGUGCGAAAGACGUACCCGCUGCGCAGGCGCCUGCUCCCCUCGGUGAGCAAAAAGACCUGCAAAGUGCUCCUCACCAGGCUGGAGGACGUGGCUGGGUCUCUGUCAAAACAGAGCCAGAGCUGCAAAAAAAAGGACCUUCCCAGUUGGAUGGAAGGUUUGGGACCUGCUUUGUUCUCCGAAAAAGUUCAGCCUGUGGGAGGAGGGAAGAGUGACUCAGCUGGGGAGAAGUGCACGAUAAGUUACCCGGGGCCGGAGUCAGAGCUGGCCAGUGCCCGCGCGGAGCCGCGGCAGCGCAGGGUGGCCUCGCUCAACGCCGAGGCCGUCAACAACCUGCUGUUCGAGCGGGACGAGGGCUGCGCGUCCGCCCGGCGCCUCCGCAGGGAGCCGGGCAAGGCCGGGCCAGACUGCCCCGCCAAGGGCCUGCACUGCAAGGCUGGGGACAGCUGGUCGGCCCUGGAAAAAACGGCUGCGAAGACAGGUAAAGGAAAGAGCCGGCACGAGCCCGGUCAGAAAUGUAAUAGCUGUGACCAUUCGCUGGAUGAGGUCUUUGAGGAUGGGACGAAGAGGGAGGAUGGUGCCAUCUCCUAUCAUCCCACCCCAAAGAGACUGGCCAGCCUGAAUGCCGUGGCCUUUCUGAAGCUGACCCACGAGAAAGACCAACCCCUGAAGCAGAGGAGUAAAUCGGACGGAGAGGGCAAGUCUGAGAACCACUGUUCAAAAUCUACGCUCAAGUGGGCCAAAGCUGGUAGGAAGAACUGUGUCAAAUCCAAGAAGGAAAUGGCCAGCUUAAAAAUGGAAGGUCAGCACGGCUGGCGAGGACUUCCCCUGGGGGCUGUGGAGAAAGGGGAGCAGAGGGACUCCUCCAGGCUCUACAGGACGGCAGAGCCCGUCCCUUACGAGUCGGUGUCGAGCUCCUACGCCAGCACGGAGGGGUUCUACCACAGACUGCCUCUGCUUAUGGGUGGACAAGCUUCCAUGAAGCCAGAGUAUGGAAGGCCCGGAGAGAAAUCCCCGACCCCCAAACAGGAAUUUCAUCAGCCUUCCUUUCCCGUGCAGCAGUUCCCUCCCUUGCCUGUGCCGGGCAAUCACUCGGGUUGUGGGUGUCUCUAUGAAUCCUCGGAUCUGACGCCCUUGAACGGGUUUUAUGUUUAUUAUGGCCAAAGUGGGUACAGUGGCAGUGGCUACUCUCACUGCUCUGUUUACCCCAAGGACGAGCUCUCGCAGCCUGCCACCUGCGAGGGGCUCUUGGUCUCGCCCGGUUCCUUGCCAUCAGGUGCUCAUUUCCAGCCACUCCACUGGUGUAACUCUCCCUACUGCUGCGGAGAGGGAACAGCCAUCAACAGCUACAGCGUCUGCGGGGUGGUGCACGUGCCGGAGGGCAGGGUGAGCAGCGUGCACGCCGGGCGGAACAGCUACCCCUACAAAAUGCCUUUUGCAGCAGAAGGCUGCAAGUCUCUGGACCAGCUGAACCUCACAAUCCCCGUGGCAGGGCACCCCGCGUCUCCUGCCCACCCGCUCUCAGGAUGCCCAGUCCCCAGCGUGCCGCCGGCUGCGGAGCCCGUUCCUCACCUGCAGACCCCCAACUCUGACCCUCAGACCAUGGCCCGGGAGUGUCCGCAGAGCUCCAAGCCCCCCAGCGGCUCCAAGUCCGGCCUCAGGAACACCCCGGGCUGCCUCCACGCCUCGGACAGCAAGGCCACGGGGGGCCACCCCAAGCAGCAGCGCAUCGGGCGGCGCAGAGCGACCAACGGCUGGGUGCCCGUGGGCACGGCCUGCGAGAAGGCUGUCUACGUGGUGCGGGUGCGGGACACUGUCCUCCUCAAGUCCGGGCCCCGCAAGAAAUCCAUGCCCUACGUCGCCAAGAUAUCGGCGCUGUGGGAAGACCCCAAAACAGGGGAGCUGAUGAUGAGCCUCCUGUGGUAUUACAGACCAGAGCACACUCAGGGAGGCCGCAAUCCCAGUAUGCACCAGAACGAGAUCUUUGCGUCCCGGCAUCAGGACGAAAACAGUGUUGCCUGCAUAGAAGAGAAGUGCUACGUGCUGACCUUUGCAGAGUACUGCAGAUUUUGUGCCUUGGCAAAGCGUCGCGUCGAAGGGAUCCCGGGCAGGAAAACCAUGAUGGUUCCUCCCUCGGAACAAUAUUCCACCCCUCUGCACCGCAAGGUGCCCGAGGACACUGACCCUGAGCUGGUUUUCCUCUGUCGUCACGUCUACGACUUCAGGCACGGGCGCAUCCUGAAGAACCCCCAGUAG